AUGCCGCCUCAACCACUAGACGCGACGCCUGAGCAGAAGGCUCAGGGUGACCAGGAAGACAGAACACCCAAGCAGCUACCCAAGGGCGUGGUCUUGGGUCCGGAUGGCAAGCCGUGUCGGUCAUGCACUUCAGUGUCCUCAUGGUUCGCCAUGGCAAAGCAGGGCACAACGAACCCAUCCAAGGUCGAGACCACGACACCACCAGCCCAAGCAACCGCCUCGCUCGACAUGCCGGCCGACUGUCCACCAGACGUAGAACAGCUCGGUCGCUCAGCAUGGACACUACUUCACACUAUGGCAGCAAGCUAUCCGGAAAAGGCUUCACCGGAGCAGCAAAGAGAAACAACUACAUUUAUGCACCUAUUUGGAAAAAUGUACCCUUGCUGGGUGUGCGCCGACGAUUUUAGAGCAUGGAUGAAAGAUGGCAACGAGCCACGCGUGAGCAGUAGGGAAGACUUUGGACAAUGGAUGUGCGAGGCACACAAUGCGGUCAACGUCAAGCUGGGCAAGAAGUCGUUUGACUGCAAGAAAUGGGAAGAGCGCUGGAGAACGGGCUGGAAGGACGGACGAUGUGGUUGA